GUUAGAUUCAUGAUUGAAAGUAUGUUUGGAACUAGAAUGCAGUCUAGAGUGUCUGAAUGCAUGGUUAACAACAUUUAAAGCACGGAGAAGUGAGCCUCGGAGCUGGAGGAUUGUUGGAGGGUAUGGUCGGUGUGUUAUUGCUAAAGACAACCACGAUCACGAAACGCGUUGUCGGGUAUUUGUUUCAUCAUAUUUCCACAAUUGUAAUAUUACUCUACAACAUAAUUUAUUCUUUCAUGGCCUUAUUCAGCCUUAUUGGAUGGUUUUAGAAGUGGUAUGAAAAUGGCCUCUGAAAGCCUGACUAUUUAAAUAGUGUCACAUACAGACCCUGACAAAAGAAAAUGUGGGUUUCACCGAAGUGGUGAAUGGUGGUACACAUGUAUGGCAUAUUGGGAAAUGAAAAUGUAGAGACGUCCACUGUGGGUAAGAUAAGAGGUGUAACCACGGUAAUCUUAUAAGAUUACAAUUUGUACCAGGAAAUACUUUAAAAACAAUUGCCUCAACUUCUACACACAAAAUUAUGAUUAAAGGACGUGUUGGAUGUGGUGAAAAUAUUGCGUUGGGAAAGAAAGUCGGACCCUCCUAUUAGAAUGUUUUUUUCUAUGAAGCAGGGUGAAAAUGUGUACGAUGAAAAUAAAAUUAUUUUAUUUUAGUGGUUGUUAAUGCUAUUGGGAAACAUUGUACUUUCUUAAAUAAGAAUGAAAUAACAAACACGUCCUAAAUAUGAAACUUGACAUAAAAUUGCGAAACAAUAUACAUACUUCUAGCCUCUAUACACAUUAAAAUUCUCACAUAGAUAUUCCUCACCACAAAAAAUGGGAACAAGGAGAAUUCCUAGACACUCCAAAAUCGAAGACAAAAUUCAGGGAACUCGUAGACAAAAGACAUAUGGUAGGGAAAUAUACUCAUCUAUUGAUUUAUUACAUAUUAUGUGGCAAAUGUAUUUCAAAUAGUAAGUUUUAAAUGACAAUAAUAUUAUUGCUAUCAUCUUGUCCCUCUCUGCUUGGAUAAACAUGUAUGUACCUAUUUACAAAGGAUACUGCUAAUGCUCAAAGGAUACUGCUAAUGCUUUCAAAACAAAAGUACGGUAAUCCCCUAUUCACCACUUACCGGGUUAUUAAUUUAUUUACAAAGAGGCCUUACCAUAUCUUUUAUUAAACACUUUUGAAAUUAAAAAAACAACAACAUGCAAACGAAACACUCAGAAACAUAAACGAGACCGGUAUGCCGAUCAGUGAUAAUAAUAAUAAUGCUAAGAUUACUUAUCAUCAUUCAAUUCCAAUAUCUAACUUCACUCCCGGUUUGUCUUCGAGGUGGCGGUGUCUACGAAUUCACCGCAUCCAUGUAUUAUAACAUUUCUUGUUUGCCAGGCGACAGAGCGAUAACAGCGCACAUGUAUCAGCCGAACGCACAUAGAAUAACAGUCAAACUGAGUUGUACGCGCGAUACGAGGAGCUAUACCACUCGAUAAAAGCGGUACGCUUCCGUGGUCUCGAAAAGUAUGUAAAAUAGCGACGACCUUAUUUACAUCACCAUCCCUAUAUAAUAACUAUAUAUAACUGUGACUGUGAGGUGAUAAGCCACAAAAUCAUUGUCGAACGCGGAGUUGGAAAUCUCAGGUCCGAGUGAAAAUGAUGGCAACAUCCAUGAAUUGUCAAGAAGAUUCUGACAGUUCUGGACAUCGUGAAGAAGAAGUACGAGUAGAAGUAGCAGACGAAAACAAUGAUAGGUCAUUGGCUAAGAAAAAAGGAAAUGAAGGAAAAGGAAAACCUGUUGGGCAUACGCGAGGACAAGCAGGUGUGCAGAGUGAAGUGGAAAAGCAGCCGGACGAGCAUUCAUUCCAGCAUUUUCAUGUCAUCAAUACACAUGAUUCUGCAUCUGGUAGACAUAAGUUUGAGCUAGACUGUACGUCCAGAGGAGUCGUGUCUGAUGUCAUUAAUCAGAUUCCUGAGGAUCUGAAUGAGGGAAGUUCAACACAUGCAGAGAAUGAAACCCUCAAGAUCUUGCAGGAUAUUGUGACUUCUCCUGAAAAUGUUUUGCCGAUAUCAAGUGUGACAUAUGUGUUUAUACUUGUGGAAAGUUCUACAGAUAAAAGUUUUACAGUCACACCAGAACCUAGCCUCAAAAAUGUCCUGGCACUCAUAUAUGAUGCACGAAACAAAAGAUUUGUGUUGGUGCUCCAAGGAAAAAUUGAAGAAUUGAAAGAGUUGAAAUGUGAAAUACUGAAAACAGUGUUUGACAUGAUACUGUUGUUGUAUGAAAAAAACACCCAAGCAGUCAAAGAUACAUCUAUUCCAUGCAACAUUCCAAAUUGUUUGCAGAUAUUGAAAGCUUUGUGUCCAGCUGCAUUUGAUACAGUGCUCAGUGACAGCGAAAUAAGAGAAAAUAUUUCCAAGGGGGCAGAUAAGUAUAAGCAGAAUAUGAGUCCUCCUGUUCAAGCAAUGGAAAAGAUGUCUAUUACAAAGGGUGAGCAGCAGCAGCAGCAGCAGCAGCAGCAGCAGCAGCAGCAGCAACAACCACAGCAACAAGACAAACAUGAUCAACAAACUCUCCGGCAAACUGGUGUACAACUGAUACCAAGUGCAAAAGGGUCCAAACAGCAACAGCAGGCCCCAGAAUCUGUUGAAGUACCCCUGGGACAGAAUCGAGCAAAAGGGUCCAAACAGCAACAGCAGGCCCCAGAAUCUGUUGAAGUACCCCUGGGACAGAAUCGAGCAAAAGGGUCCAAACAGCAACAGCAGGCCCCAGAAUCUGUUGAAGUACCCCUGGGACAGAAUCGAGCAAAAGGGUCCAAACAGCAACAGCAGGCCCCAGAAUCUGUUGAAGUACCCCUGGGACAGAAUCGAGCAAAAGGGUCCAAACAGCAACAGCAGGCCCCAGAAUCUGUUGAAGUACCCCUGGGACAGAAUCGAGCAAAAGGGUCCAAACAGCAACAGCAGGCCCCAGAAUCUGUUGAAGUACCCCUGGGACAGAAUCGAGGAGAACCAGACAAGCCUCCGAAAGAUACCGGCAUUUCCGGAAAAUUUCAGAACUCAAAGAUCAUCAGUGACAAGUAGAUAGCCAGGGCUAUGCUGGGAGGCCUCAACUCUACUUAAGUCAUAUCAUUCCUGUAGUUCCUUAGUGCUCACCAUUAUCAGUGCUGUACAAUUUAAAUGGAAUUAAAUUUUGUUGAGGCUGA